AUGGCCUUCUGGAGGCCCUUCUUCAUCACGUGCUUCUACAUGGUGAGCAUAUGGUUAGCGAAUGACUGGAGCUUCUUCGUGAGCUGGUCGGCAAGCUGCCACGCCUCCUCAUGGCUCUGCCGCCUGAAGUCGUCCAGCUGCUUCUCCAGGAGCUCGAACGUGAUAGCAGCCGCGCCAGAGGGGGCCAGGGGCUGCGCCGACACGAGCAGGAGGGCCAUGGUGCAGGACAGGAAGGUAAUCGACGAUGUGCAGCGGCUGCGGCCGAGCCUCCUCCUUGCGCCAGCGCCGCCGGCGAGCACAGCCGUCCUUGUAGCAGAUGGCGUACCUCGACGACAUGCGCCGAACAGCGUCCACUAUCAGCAGCGUCGAGGACAUAAUCAAGCAAGCUGGUGCGAUGAGGAGGACCUUGGCCGAGUUCCAAACCACGUCGUAGGCGCCCGGCGAGAGCCAGUUGAGCAUCACGCAGCCGCAGCUCAGGAUUGA